AGAGUUUCCGGUAUGGCUUCUGCAUCAACUUCUAAGUAUAAUUCACGCUCCUUGGAGAAUGAGUCUAUUAAGAGGACAUCCAGAGAGGGAGUCAAUCUGGAGCUCAGUGACAUUGUUCCUCGACUCCCAGGAGAAACUCUGAUUACUGACAAAGAAGUUAUUUACAUAUGUCCUUUCAAUGGCCCCAUUAAGGGAAGAGUUUACAUCACAAAUUAUCGUCUUUAUUUAAGAAGUUUGGAAAUGGAUUCUGCUCUAAUACUUGAUGUUCCUCUGGGUGUGAUCUCAAGAAUUGAAAAAAUGGGAGGAGCGACAAGUAGAGGAGAAAAUUCCUAUGGUCUAGAUAUUACUUGUAAAGAUAUGAGAAACCUGAGGUUUGCAUUGAAACAGGAAGGCCACAGCAGAAGAGAUAUGUUUGAGAUCCUCACCAAAUACGCCUUUCCUCUGGCCCACAGUCUGCCAUUAUUUGCAUUUUUAAGUGAAGAGAAGUUUAAUGUGGAUGGGUGGACUGUUUAUAAUCCAGUUGAAGAAUACAGAAGGCAGGGCUUGCCCAAUCACCAUUGGAGAAUAACUUUUAUUAAUAAGUGCUAUGAACUCUGUGACACUUACCCAGCUCUUUUGGUGGUCCCCUAUCGUACCUCAGAUGAUGACCUCAGGAGAGUUGCAACUUUUAGAUCACGAAACCGAAUUCCUGUGCUAUCGUGGAUUCAUCCAGAAAACAAGAUGGUCAUUGUGCGUUGCAGUCAGCCUCUUGUGGGUAUGAGUGGUAAGCGAAAUAAAGAUGAUGAGAAAUAUCUGGACGUGAUCAGAGAGACUAAUAGGCAAACUUCUAAACUCACCAUCUACGACGCAAGACCCAGCGUAAAUGCAGUGGCCAACAAGGCUACAGGAGGAGGAUAUGAAAGUGAUGAUGCAUAUCAUAACGCCGAACUUUCUUUCUUAGACAUUCAUAAUAUUCAUGUUAUGCGGGAAUCUUUAAAAAAAGUGAAAGACAUUGUUUAUCCAAAUGUAGAAGAAUCUCAUUGGUUGUCCAGUUUGGAGUCUACUCAUUGGUUAGAACAUAUCAAGCUUGUUCUGACAGGAGCUAUUCAAGUUGCAGACAAAGUUUCUUCAGGGAAGAGCUCGGUGCUUGUGCACUGCAGUGACGGAUGGGACAGGACCGCUCAGCUCACGUCCCUGGCCAUGCUGAUGUUGGACAGUUUCUACAGGAGCAUCGAAGGGUUCGAAAUAUUAGUACAGAAAGAAUGGAUAAGUUUUGGGCAUAAAUUCGCAUCUAGAAUAGGUCAUGGUGAUAAAAAUCAUGCAGAUGCUGACCGAUCUCCUAUUUUUCUUCAGUUUAUUGAUUGUGUAUGGCAGAUGUCAAAACAGUUCCCUACAGCUUUUGAAUUCAAUGAACGAUUUUUGGUUACAAUUUUGGAUCACCUGUAUAGUUGCCGAUUUGGUACUUUCUUAUUCAACUGUGAAUCUGCUCGAGAAAGACAAAAAGUUACAGAAAGAACAGUUUCUUUAUGGUCCUUGAUCAACAGCAGUAAAGAGAAAUUCAAAAACCCCUUCUAUACAAAAGAAAUCAAUCGAGUUUUAUAUCCAGUUGCCAGUAUGCGCCACUUGGAACUCUGGGUAAAUUACUACAUUAGAUGGAACCCUAGAAUCAAGCAACAACAGCCAAAUCCAGUGGAGCAGCGUUACAUGGAGCUCUUGGCCUUGCGUGACGACUACAUAAAGCGGCUUGAGGAGCUGCAGCUUGCCAACUCUGCCAAGCUUUCUGAUCCCCCAACUUCACCUUCCAGUCCAUCACAAAUGAUGCCCCACGUGCAAACUCACUUCUGAGGGGGAUCCUUGGCACUGCCUUUAAGCUCUGAGUAAAAGAAAUAGCUUUCAUCUUGGACAUCUGUACAAAGUAGAUUAAAACAUCUGCCUCCAUGUAGAAGUUGAACUAACAGUAUCUUAAACUCUUGAAUAUGUGCCUUCUAGAAUAUGUAUUAUAAGAGAGCUAGUGUCCACAUGGCAAUCAGAAGAAAGGAGCCAAAAGGAGGUUCUGGAAAAUGCUGACACCUUUAUAAAGCACUUUUUAAAGGAUAAACUUAUAAAUUUAAUUUAUCUCUCUAGAAAUAUUAUGUAUACAAUAUGUAUUUGGUGGGCUUAAUUGGAACAUUGUUUUAAAUCAGAGGGGGAGUAUGUCUGGGAAGUGGUUUUCCUCAGACUGCAUGUAGUGGCUGCUUUGGAUUAUCUAAAAUAAACCCAAAUGUGAAAGAUGGGUAUUCCUGCCCAAACCAAAUUGAGCUCAGCUCCCCAGCAUUAUCCAAAAGCAACAGGUUUAAACAGUUGCCAACUUUUAUCCCAUCCUAAGUGGUGACUUAAGGAGAAAUAGCUGUGUAGAUGAGUUUUUCAUUAUUUUGGAAUAUAAAGGGUUUUCCCAUGAUUUUCAAGAGAAAUGUAUUUUUAUAUGAUGAAGCCCAGUUAAAUAUGAUUUGAUUUUUCUUAACUUUGUCAGUUCUACUCUAAAUUCUUUCACAGGCUUGCUGAAAAUUUUGACUAUUUUUCAGGUUAUGGCAAACUCCAUAUCUAGCACUGUUUAAGGAUGUCAGGUGUAUUCUGCUGCUUAGGUGAAUAUUUUCGCAAACAUGGCUCUAGUCGAUGCAGCUUAUCUGCCAAAAUGCAGGGUUAGCCAUCUUGGAUGUAUGAGCCUAUUGCUACAGCAUCAUUCUUUCAAAUGAAUGCCCAGAUGUACAUUUGUUGAGCAUAUUUUUGAAAGUAUUGUGUUUCUGUAUCUCAGUUUAAAUGGUGUUGGGCUUCCCCACCUCCCAAGCGUGCAUAAAAACUGGUUCUACACAUUUUUACUUGAAGUACUGGGCAGUUUGCUUUUUUCAGGUUUUUUUGUUUGUUUGUUACAUUUUGUUUUAUAGUAUGAAGUGAAAUUUUAAAUAUAUAAUUCUAUUUGAUAUCUGAACUAAAUCAUUUAGUAAGUAUAUUUGUAAAAGCUAAAGCUAGUGUUAAAACAAUUAAUGUGUUUUACAGUGAUUUGUAAAGGACUAUUUAUAGCUAAUAUGGUUUUGUUUUCAAUGAAUUAAGAGAGAUUAAAUAUAUCUUUGUAAAUUAUUUUAUGCCAUAGUUUAAUUGGUCUACCAAAUAAGACAUCUCAAAUAUAGUAGUAUAAUGUAUGAAUUUUGUAAGUAUAAGAAAUUUUAUUAGAUAUUCUCUUGCCUUUUGUAAACUCUGUAAAUAUUUCAUAAAUUAACAGUGUUACUCCAUGAAAAAAAAAGCUAAUAGUUGAAAGGAUUUUGUGAAAUUUGAUGAAAACAUUUUCAUGGCAAUAAUGACUAAAGACCUGCUGUAAUAAAUACAUUAACU